AUGAGAGCACCGAGGACUCAGGAGACCGGUCGGACUAGUCUGCCUCCAAUUGAGAAACCACCGGAAAAACCCACAGAAUCACCAGAAGCCAAGCCUAAGGAGGAUAUCAAGUUGCCAAGCAUCUCCAGGGACCGGUUGAGCGAGGUGGAGAACAUUUCAGCCAUGUUCGACCAGGCAGACAACAUUCUCCAGAACCCUGAGGAGUACUCCAAACUCACCGUCAACGCACGACCUGCCCUGUGA